CCGCCCCCGCUUCCCCGCAGCCCCCCGCAGCGCGCCGGGACUCGCCCCGCGCCGCCGAGAUGGUCAUCCAGAAAGAGAAGAAGAGCCGCGGGCAGGUGGUUGAGGAGUGGAAGGAGUUCGUGUGGAACCCGCGGACGCACCAGUUCAUGGGGCGCACCGGGACCAGCUGGGCCUUCAUCCUCCUCUUCUACCUCGUCUUCUAUGGCUUCCUCACGGCCAUGUUCACCCUCACCAUGUGGGUGAUGCUGCAGACCGUCUCUGACCACACUCCCAAGUACCAGGACCGGCUGGCCACACCAGGCUUGAUGAUUCGCCCCAAGACGGAGAACCUGGAUGUCAUUGUCAACAUCAGUGACCCCGAGAGCUGGGACCAGCAUGUUCAGAAGCUCAACAAGUUCUUGGAACCUUACAACGACUCCAUCCAAGCUCAGAAGAAUGAUGUCUGCCGCCCCGGGCGAUAUUAUGAACAACCAGAUAAUGGGGUUCUCAACUAUCCGAAACGUGCCUGCCAGUUCAACCGGACCCAGCUGGGCAACUGCUCUGGCAUUGGGGACCCUACCCACUAUGGCUACAGCACUGGGCAGCCCUGCGUCUUCAUCAAGAUGAACCGGGUCAUCAACUUUUAUGCAGGGGCAAACCAGAGCAUGAAUGUUACCUGUGUGGGGAAGAGGCUCCAGCACUCUAGGGAUAAGGGGAGAGAUGAAGAUGCCGAGAAUCUUGGCCACUACAUCAUGUUCCCUGCCAAUGGCAACAUUGACCUCAUGUACUUUCCCUACUAUGGCAAAAAGUUCCACGUAAACUAUACGCAGCCCUUGGUGGCUGUGAAGUUCCUCAAUGUGACCCCCAACGUGGAGGUGAACGUGGAAUGCCGAAUUAAUGCUGCCAACAUCGCCACAGACGACGAGAGGGACAAGUUCGCCGGCCGAGUGGCCUUCAAACUUCGAAUCAACAAAACCUGAGGCUCUCUCCCCCCGCCUCCCUUUGGAUGCUUCUGGACCGUCCUUGACCCUGCCUGACCCCCUCCCUCUCCCGCCCCAAAGGUAUUUUUUAUAACAGAGCUAUGACUUGUCUGAGCCUCACACCCCUGCUGUCGGGUUCUCCACCUAGCCUGAUCCCCACAGUCUCAAACAUCUUCCCACCGUAGUGUAGCCAGAGACAGAUGGGCUCCGGAGAUGGCCACAGAGGGGUUAGGAGAUUUCUGGUUCCUCUGUGGGAGAGGACUUGCCCAGCGUGCAUGAAGCCAAGGGCUGCUGGAGCUUCUCUAGCUGGAGUUUGUUUCUGAGAGGCCCGUACAGCUCCUGCUUCUGUUUCUGCAUCCCCCAAGAGCUAAAGAAAGUGGGGUGGACCCCACCCACCUUCGUACUCACCACACACACACACCCACAUACCCCUGGCUGUCUUUCAGCCCUUUGUUAGCCAGGGCUGAAUACUGUUUUCCCUCCCCUUCCAACACUCUGGCCACUCUCCUUUUAUCUCAUCACACGUCUGUCACC